GACGACAAAUACGAGAAUGAAAGAUGGAUAGAGAUACGCAGAAUGGCGAGUCAUCGUGCACGAUGAUGAGGAAAAAGUCUUGUAAUAGAUAACGAGUGAAAUCUUCGUUUAAUGUUUAGACGGAGAAAGAGCGAGGUCAAAGUCGAACAAGUGCAAAGAAGGACGCAUCGUAGGAACGUAAUUCGACCAUCUAUCUGCAUAUCUAUUAUAUACAUAUGUAGAUAAAAGAAAAGUAGACUCGUCGAUAUCGAUUCAUUAUGUAAGAUAAACAAGUAUGUAAGCACGGAGGCUACGACCGAUGACGUUCGCGCCUAUUCAAGGGACGCGCGUCGGUCAAAGGUGUCUCCGGAACACGCAACCCGUGCUAUAUCGUGCAUACUUGUUUCCCCUUUCGAUCGAAGACACAAUCCGCACGGAAAUAUGGAAAGAUGUUUUGUCAAUUUCAUUAUCAUACGAUAUCCGUUAUUAUGUUCCAUUCGAUUCUAAGUCCAACGGAAAAGGUAAUGAUUUAAUAACUGUAACGAUGAAUAUGAAUGAUUAAAAAUGAAUAUGGAAAGUGUAGGAGAGAUAGGAAAAGGUAGAUUUGAAUUUGCAUAUUGAGUAGCACGUAAUUGGGGGUACGUAUGUGCGUAUACGUUUAUACGUAAAAAGGCAAUGCUCUUUACAACGUUCGAUAGAACACGAUUCUUGGCGUUGGUAGAAGCUCGAGUCGAUGUUCGCGGUCCUUUUGUAAUGUUGUAACGGAGAAAUCGUCGGUGUGCGUGCGUCUAAGAACGAGUUAAAAUGUUGCGUAUGGGGACGAGUCUGCGUAGAAUCGCGCGGCACGAUGAGCCAGAGUUCAGUUGCGCGAGCAUUCUGAACAGCAUGGAAAGAUUCGUCAAGACCGUCAGCGAGAUGGAAGAAACGAUCUUGAUACCGAGAAGACUGUUGGAUCUGACCGUUGGCGAUGCUGGUGAUACGAUUCGUUUGAAAGCCGGCAAUAACGUGAAAGAAACGUUAGCCAACACGGACUUGUAUCGUUUGUAUCACAUCGUCAAUCAGAUGAAAGUCGAGUUGCUUUGGUCGAAGGAGGAUCGUGCCCAAUCUCGAGAAGAGGAAGAUGCCGAUAAGUCGGUCCUUGCUUAUCAGACGAGUACGGAAACAGCCAACAGAUUGGGACACGCUCGUUGUCCAAGCACUACCUCGAUGCAAAGCAUACAGAGCGCAUCCUCGAUCACGUCUUCUCUCUCGUCCGAUUCCGAGUCGGAAAUCGGAGUCGAAAAUGAUUCCAGCCUAGAGAACGAGGAGUGCAUCGAUCUAGCUAAUUCAAUUGCCAACAAUUUCAGACAUCAUUUACGAGGACUUCAUCGUAGUAUCAACAGGAUGACGGAUGUUGCUCAAUAUCUUGCGCUCCGAUAUCAAGUCGACGUAGAUGGCCAAAUCUGAUUUGGUAGCUGUUCUAUGUUUCGAUAAGUUUAACGACCAUUGAUCGCAUUAAGUCGUUUAUAAACUUGAAACAAGUUUAUCCUACUUUUGUCGACGCGCGAACAUUCAGAUUAUUCAAAUACAUCUUCGAGUUUAACGAUCGAGACUAAGUGAGACCACCUGACCUCUAAUUUAACUUGGGACGUCUCACUUGGUCGCACUUAAUGAGAAAUCAUAUAAGAUUUUAUUGUUGAAACUACCUAAGUAAUUACGUUGUUAUCUCUCGAUGAAUUUUAUAUAACUUGAAAAGUGCACAGGAAAUAUAGUCGGAUAGAUUUGGGCUUCUUUUCUCUGUCGUAUGUUAACUCGUUGUGAAAGUUUAUAUGGCCAAAUGGCUUACGAAAAAUACGUAAUUAACGUCGAUUGGCUCUUUAGGAAAGAGUAUCGUAAUGUAGAUUUUUUUUCUUUUACAAAUGGUCGUUGCUAUCGAGGCAUAUUAUUAUUUUUUAAGUUAAUGGAACAUAUUGGGAGAUAUUGAUAAACCGUGGGAGUUCAUCGAUAUAAAUAUUUUGUGUUAAAAAUUUGCUGUUAUUAAAAAGAAACGGACGUAAAAUGGGAAAAGGAAUUCUUCUUCUGGCACGAUUCGUAAUGAAAGUUCGUGUCUUGAUUAGAACAUUCGUAAACUGCUAAAAAGGAUGCAAGGUUAUUGCAUUGAAAUUAUUAUACGCGCUCCAACAUUUCUACCAAGAUUACCGGCGAGCUUAACGAACAUUCCAUAUUUACUAUAUAACAUCGUUUCAAAAUCGUCUAAUUUCACCUUGUAGCGAGCAAAAUCGAGAAUGUAGUAAAUUGAGUGAUAUGUAUUUGAAAAUUCAGUUAAAGUCCGAAUAAAUUAAGCAAAAAAUACAUUAUAGGCUUUUCUAUAAUUUAGCAAAUAUGCGCAUACGAUAAAACAAAAAAGUGUGCAAUUAAAUUUUAUGUACAAAAAAAAACUAUAUUUUUCUUUCUAUAAAUCUCGUACAAAGUACAAUGCUGCAUUAUGGAAAGAUCGCAUCUUCGACGACGGAGUCAAACGGGUUACUUUUAAAUGAAAGUACAAUGAUACAAAUUUCAAUUUUAUUACUAGUUAAUAUAAUUAAUACACAUGCGAUUUAUUGUAUCGAAGUGACAUGUAAAAUCGCACGAUCUGUUUCGACUGUAAACAAAAAUAUCAAUCAAAAUUGCGAAUGUGGUCAUGUAAAAUUAUUUAUGUAAGAAAAACUAUUGAAAUUUGACGCUUUCUUUUCUUCAGUUUCGAUAUAACCUUUUUAUUUGUGCUUGUAUUGAUGUAUUCUAUGUACAUAGAUAUGGCCUUAUUGUUAUUUAUUUUCAUAGUACUAUUAGCUGUAAUAAAGGCUUGUAUAUCUCUAA